UCUUUAGGUAACCAACCAUGUCGAGUUGCGAGUCAUCAACACGCUCGGAGAUUCGCUCAGUGUUGGUACGGCAUUGGCGUACACUCGAUCGAGCUCGACUUCAUACUUUACACCUAUGGAUGUUGAUCUACGCUGUCGCACAGAUAUUUAUUGUCUAUUAUUUUAGUGAAGUUAGUGAGAUUCUCUUACCGGUGGAAAAGGGUCGGGCAUCAUCAGGACUAUCAGCGAUGCACAAGGAAGAGGUGAAGAAAUGGGCACCUGUUUGUUUUGUUAUAGCGAUGUUAUUCGUGAUUUACUUAUUAUUUAGUAGUUUUUCUAUUCGAUUUCGGGAUCAGAGUAGUGGAUUCGGAUUGGUGCUAUUCUCACUGGUGACAUCAAUGAUUUUUCCGGCAUUCAUGUGGAUUCUGCAUCUUCCAGUUGUUGUUUUUGUAGCUAGAGAACGUGUACAUCUCCGUAUGUACGAUCAUUCAUCACUCUACACGGGAUUAUGUAUAGCAACGGUUGUGCAAUUUUUCGUUUUACCCCGGCAUCGCCGAAUAUUCUUGAUUCUAUCGCUCUUAUGGGUUACAAUAAGCAUGUCGAUUCUGCUUAUUAUCAACUGGGAUGCAAUCCAAGCUGAUGCCGUUUUUAUUUGCUCAUUGAUUUCCUUCCUUUUACAACAACUGAUGAUUUGCUGCGUAGGAAUAGUUUCGGAUUCGAAUGAGGCUGGAAAUCGUGCUGAUAUUGCGAUGAAGCUCACUGAAGCGGUAUAUAGGAGGACGGAACUAGAAACGCUGAAAGACCGUCAGGACCAACUUCUGCUAUCGGUGAUUCCAGCUUAUUUGACGGAUAAAGUUAGCAAAAGCAUAAUACAAUCAAGUAGUACAGCAGCAAGGAAUAACAAUUCGAAGCAUCACAAGCUGUUUCAUGAUUUGCACGUUCAAGUGCACGACAAUGUCAGCAUUCUAUUCGCUGACAUUGUGAACUUCACCGUACUCGCAGCUCAGCUGACAGCCAAAGAUCUUGUGAGGACGCUGAACGAGUUGUACAGCAAAUUUGACAAAGAUGCGCAGAAGCUUCAAUGCAUGCGGAUUAAAUUUCUUGGAGACUGCUACUACUGUGUUUCUGGAAUGCCAGUAAAUCGUCCAAAUCAUGCUGAUAUGUGUGUGGUGAUGGGUCUCGAGAUGAUUAAAACGAUAAAGCAAAUCCGACUGGCCACAGGUGUAGAUGUCAACAUGCGCAUUGGAGUACAUACUGGCUCCGUACUUUGUGGAAUCCUUGGUCUACGAAAAUGGCAAUUUGACAUCUGGAGCGAUGAUGUGACACUGGCGAAUCAUAUGGAAUCAGCUGGUGUGCCUGGAGCUGUUCAUAUAACAAAAACAACAAAGGACAUGCUAUUGGGCGAUUAUUGUAUUGUGGAGGCGAAGUCCGAUGACCCGCAUAUCCUGGCCUAUGGCGAACCAACCUACCAUAUUCUUCCGGAUAAGACAUCAGUAGUUGAGAGAACCGUAUCCAUUUAUAGAAAUAGGAGAAGCACAGGCCUUUGCGACAAUGAUAAAAUGCUCAGCGUAGCCAAUAACAAUGCUUUACAAUGUCGACAUAGCAUGAAAGCCAAGGUCUCCAAAUUGGCCGAGUUUUGGGGUGCAGAAACUCCAUUCGCUAACUUCAACCGCAAAAAGUCGUCAACCAGUUUUGAACCGGGAUUGAUAGUGGAUGACACACCUCGACGUCCAAACUACAGCAACACCAUACAGUCAAUGACGUUGAUUGAAAAUAGCCUGACCAAUUUUUCUUUGAACAACAACAAAGCGAUUCUGUGCAAUUUUUCCGAUUGUAUGUUAUUUUUAAUACUUUCUUUACCUGCAGCCUUUGCUAAUGUUAUGGUGUGCCGACUCUAUUGUCCGGUUGAAGUGCAGCACACAACGGGUAUUCAGCAAUUUUUCACGCUGCUAAUUCUUAUUAUUCUAUCACUUUUUGAUAGAAUUUGCCCUUAUGCCCAUGCACUUUUGACUAGCACUUCGUUUGUGAUCUCGUCAUUCAUCGUUAUAGGACCACAUAUGAUCAUCGCUAAAUCUGAUCUACAUGAGGUGAAACCAUUCACUUCUAUGGUAUUUAUGCCAGCCUGCGUCUCUCAUAUCACUUCAGUAUUUCUGCUCUACCGUAUCCCAUAUUCUUAUCGCUGCGUACUUUUUACAAUUGAUUUCGUCGUAUUUGAAAUUUUGCUAUCAAUAUUUCCCGUGUAUGGUGCUAAGCCAGCUCAGAGCUUUUUGAGCUACCAGCUAACCACGGUAGCGAUCAAUCUAUCGUUUCUGCUGGUAUUAGUGCUGUUCAUCGACUGGAUUACAAAUUACGAGCGAAAAGCUGAAAAUGCCUGCAAUGUUUCAUUCCAAAAUGAAGAACGAGAUGUGGAAACUAUGCAAGACAUCAACAAGUUACUUAUCGAGAAUAUUCUACCCUGCAGUGUCGCAGCCAAGUUCCUGGCCCCUGAUAGGCCUGUCAAUGACUUAUAUGCCCGACAACAUGAGAAUGUUUGCGUAAUGUUUGCUUCGAUACCGAAUUUCAAGGACUUUUGGAGCCAGUGGGAUACAAGUCGAAAGCUAGAGUGCCUGAGGCUGCUCAAUGAAAUCAUUUGCGAGUUUGACAAGCUCCUUUCCAAACCGAAAUUCUCGUCAAUCGAGAAGAUCAAGACCGUUGCCAGUACCUAUAUGGCAGCUUCAGGGCUAAAUGAGAUGGAUGGAGAAUUCGAUGAUGUGAGUGCCAUGGAAUUUGCUGACGAUUGCUGCAAGAAUGGCAAUUCUAAUGGAACAGCUGUAGUAAACAAUAACAACAAUUCGAGCAACAACACGAACAACACUGUUAAUUCGCAAAAGGGAAAUCUGAACAUGAAGAUGUAUCGUAACGCGACAAUGAUGAUCGAAUUUGCGCUAGCAAUGUCACAAAUACUGGACCAAUUGAAUCGUGAUUCAUUCCAAAACUUUGAAUUGCGAAUAGGCAUGAGUGUGGGCCCAUUAGUAGCUGGAGUGAUAGGAGCACAGAAGCCACAAUAUGAUAUCUGGGGAAAUACCGUAAACCUAGCUAGUCGAAUGGAUACCCAUGGUGAACCUAGAAAAAUACACAUGACCCCACAAAUGGGCGAACUACUACGACGUGGAGGAUAUCGAGUGCAUAGUCGGGGAAAGAUCAAAGUCAAGGGAGUAAAGGAACCAAUGGAAACAUUUUUGCUGGAAAUCGAUUCGAAACGCAAUUCUUCAGUGUCGAAUAUUUCCAGCCAUUUGAAUUCAUAGUGACCAAAUUGGCCAAUGUUUUCCUAAUUAAAUUUUCUUUGCAUAAUAAUUGUUGAAUUAUUGCCAAAUACC